AUGGAAGAAAAUAGCUCGGAUCAUACCCUACAGUCAGACCGUGCAGGGAAGGACGAACAGCGAGAGAAGCAAUACAAUGACUCUGGGCAUGAAAAGGAUGAGAACCAAGCGCCAGGUGGGACAAACCACGAUGAAGAGAAAAAUUCGCCAGAGCCUCCUCCUUUACCGAUCGGCUUCUUCGACCCGUCACUGAAGGCUGUGCGUAAGGAGGUCGCGAUGAAAUGGGCCCUUACAGUCCUGAUGCUCUUCUGCUUCAUCCUUUGCGUUCUUUCACUCUACUGGGCUGUCCUUUUCCAUGUGCCGCAGAACUUAUCGGCUCUGACUGUGGCCGUGGUCAGCUUUGAUGGCAGGGUACCGCCCUACGAAGGUACGACGCCCUUGGUGGGAGAGGUCGUCGAACAGCUGGCACGGGAACAGGCUUCCCUUCCUGCUUAUGCACUGGGGUACAGGAUCGACCCUCCAGAGAAAUAUGGUGGUGAACCCCUCGCAGUGAGACAAGCCGUCUACGAUGAGCAUGUCUGGGCCGCCAUCAUUGUCAAUGCCAACGCCACAGCACUUCUCCAACGAGCUGUCGCCACUGGAAAUACCACCUACUCUCCCCUUGGGGCCUGUCAGAUCAUCGUCAACUCAGCCCGAGAUCAGACAACCUAUGGCGACUACAUCAACCCUCAACUGUUUGACUUUGAAAUCAACGUGGCGUCAGUGUUUGGAGAACGCUGGAUCAGGAACGUCCUGUCCAACAGAUCGCUCGAUGCAGCCACGUACUCUCGUGCGCCACAAGCAUUAAACCCGGCAAUUGGCUUCUCAUUUUUCGACCUCCGGCCCUUCAUGCCUGCACAGGCCACGCCGGCCGUCACAAUCGGCCUCAUCUACCUCAUCAUCAUUGCAUUCUUCUCCUUUUCCUUUUUUCUACCGGUCUACACCAAGUUUCUCAUCCCGAAGGGUCAUGCACCCCUCCACUUUUGGGAACUUGUUCUCUUCCGUCUCUUUAUGACGACUGCCGCUUAUCUCCUAAUGUCACUGGCUUACUCGUUGGUGUCACUGGCAUUUCUCAUUCCUUUCUCCAAUGGCUAUCCGCACAACGACACCACGAUGGCCAAAAACCCGGAUGCCUACGGACGCGCAACAUUUGUGGUGUAUUGGAUGCUGAACUGGGUGGGAAUGUAUGCGUUAGGGUUGGCCAGUGAAAAUGUCACCAUGAUCAUUGGGCAGCCGUGGACUGCUUUGUGGCUCAUCUUUUGGGUUAUAUCCAACGUCUCGACUGCCUUUUAUGCGAUUCCGUUGGCGCCAGGUUUCUUCCAUUUUGGCUACGCCUGGCCCUUAUAUCAUAUUGUUGAGGCCAGUCGCACAAUUCUAUUUGACACACACAGUCGGAUCGGCUUGAAUUUUGGCGUGCUGUUCGCAUGGUGCGCGGUGAAUACUGCGUUAUUCCCCCUGUGCUGUGUCUUUAUGCGCUGGAAGACCAACAAGGAAUUGAUGAGAACGAGCCCUCGGAGGAAAAUUCAAUACUUGGUUGAUGGGUAG